CUCUCUCUGCACAUAUCUCUCAGCGCUCCAUCAUCACGCCCCCGCGUUCUCCCUGUCUUCUUCCUUUAAGCUCCUUCCCUCCCACUCCUCUUCCUCUCUGUCUUUCCACUCUUGCACAGUCUCUCUCACUCCCUCUUGUCUUCCCUCCUUGCUCAGCUGCUGCCCCUGCUGCUGCUGGUGGUGCUGGUGGUGGUGGUGUUGGUUGGAGACGACUGUGGUGGCAGCAGUGGGUUGCAUGUGGAUGGGGUUUCUCUGAGCUUUUAAGGGGAGAGCCAAUCCAGAUUAGCAAUAUAUAAGAAGGAGGAGGUGGAGGGAGUUUCUCCAUUCUCCCGGCGAAAAGGCUCAGGCGUCAGGAUUUUAUCUCUCGGUCUCCAGGAUGAAGCUCUGCGUGAGCGGAAGGGUCAACACAGAUAAAGCACUCAGUAACUCUGCAGGCCAGACUUAGCUGGUCUCCUUUUGGGGGAAACUAACACACAUGACGGCUCCCUGUGGUCAACCCCUAUAAACACAUGAGAGGGAAGCAACACAGACAAACCAUGAAAAAGAUAUACAUUGGCAAAACCGCCUUAAAAGUCCCCAGAAAUGGCGGGAAACAUCCGAAGAAGAGCUCACUGCUGGAGCAGAAGGAGGACUUACGGAAGAGGCUUUCCUACACAACACACAAGCUGGAGCUGCUGCAGAGCGAGUUCGACUCCACGAGGCAGUACCUGGAGACGGAGCUGCGCCGAGCGCAGGAGGAGCUGGACAAGUUCACUGAUAAACUGCGCAGAAUACAAAGCAGCUACUCAGCACUGCAGAGGAUCAACCAAGAUCUGGAGGAAAAGAUCCACAGAGAUUCUCAGCACCACGACGAUGAGAAGCGAGCGCUGAGCCGAGAGAUCAUCGUCCUCAACAACCACCUGAUGGAGGCGAAACUGACCAUCGAGAAGCUGCAGGAAGACAAUGACAUGUACAGGAAGGACUGUAACCUCGCUGCUCAGCUUCUCCAGUGCAACAAAUCUCUUUACAGGGCCCAGCUCUCUGAGCUGCCUGCUGAUUUUCAGGAGCGGCUGACCAUGCACAUGGAGGAGUCUCCGCUCUGUCACACCUACCCCGACACCGUCCCGGCGUCUCUCAUUGCCAAAGUGCUCGAGAAGCCGGACGAGGCCUGCAGCAGCAGCCAAGCCUCACGCUCCCCUAGCCCCCAAGCGCAGGACCAUGCUUUUAUUUUGGAGCGCUUGGGCCCGGGAGAUCGUCUGCGGCUCCGUGCAGCUUAUAAAUCUGACCUGUACAGCAGUGACACGGCCCUGUACUGCCCUGAUGACCGGCACCGUGAGCGGAGGCCCAGCAUGGACCUCCACGGUCAGAGAAAGCUGCUGUACGGGCCCCAAAACUCCACUGACAGCAACCCAGAGGAGGGCUCGGUGGGGCUGAGAGCUGGCUUCUCACAGGAGCACUUUGCUAAGUUCCCUGCCACACUGGGUGCAGGCUCCAGCUCCUACUCCAGCUUCAGUGGAGGAGGCUCUGAAGACAAAGGAAACGGCCCGCCCAGCAGUGCAGCUUCCUCUCCACGCCACCAUUCCCUCUACAUGGACUGGAGAGAUGCAGGGGACUAUGAGAGAAAGAGUGACUCAUCCUGGGAGAGGGACAGUCCAAGAGGCUUUGCCAACGCUCAUCCCUUCCAACAGACGGAGAUGAGCCACCACCAGAACGGCAGCUCGCCUGUCUACAGCCGCACCAUGUCCUCCUGUUUCAGUGAGCCCUAUGAGCCGCUCCCUCCCUCUUCAUCCCCAAGCGUUGCCUACGGAGACAGUCGUCGAGGCAGCACAUUAGCCCCCGAGGAGGAGGAGCUGAUUGGCAGAUGGAGACAACUAAGUGUGGAGGAUUUAAGUGCCCACACCUACCGCAGCCCAGGCCGGGCUUCACCUUACAGCUUCUCAGAGCAGCACUUCUCCGUCCGGCCUGCCAAGAUCCGACUCGGGCCGCUCUACAGCAGCUUCCAGGAAGGAGCUGACUAUUACCACCACGGGGUUGGAGCCAUGGACCCAGUGUGGGUAGCCGCCAGCCCGAGCCCCGAAUGCAGCCCAGGGCUGCGUCAGGCGCACAGCCAAGCCCACCUGUACCGAGCUGAGGACAGCCAAGGGUCGGAGCACAGCCUCUACCACUCAGGGAGCUCCAAAGACAGGGAGGGCAACGUGGCAGCUGGUGGCCAGAGCACGGAUUACGUAGACCCGAGCCCCAACAGCUCCACUGAGUCCCUGAACCAGAGGACCCUGGAGAUGGCUGCAGAAAUGCAGCACUACCAAGCGGAAAUGCACAGCAUGCCCGCACAGGUGAGCCAGUCGCCACCGCCGGCUCCACCGCCCCCUCCUCCGUACAACCAAAAAUUUGGCUCCCUGGGACUUUCCAGGAAGGACAGUCUGACCAAGGCUCAGCUUUAUGGAACACUUCUGAACUGAAGGGCCAAGCUCCAAUCAGGUUUAUUCUUUGAUAGGAUACGAGACGCAAAGGCCCUGCUUUGUCCAGCUUCUGUUGGCGCGAUCAUUUUGAUAGAAAAUGGUAUGAACAGAAGCCAGGAGCCAAAUAAUUCAGUAUCAUGAACGUGUAACUAUUGCUGAUUAUUUAAAAAGCUUUUUAUUAUAUGACAGUGGGUGGCAACAGUUUACACUUUAAACGUCCUGAGGUGGUGAAAGAGUUGGAUGCGGGGCGUAGUAAACUCAAGUUUAUCCACCUCUUUGAAAUGAGGCUGAGAGUUUACUCAUCUUUUUUUCUGUUAUCAAUCAAUGAGGGGAAACGAGGUGGGCGGGCGAGUUCAGCCGUGGUUUUCCCCGCCUCUGUAUUUAGCACUACACCCUAAAUGGAGCUCUACCUAAAUUUGUAAGAACGUGUAUGUAUUUAAAAUUACAAAUGUACAAAUAUAUACUUAGAAAAAACUUAAAGAUCGAGUGAUAUAUUUUGUAUGUAGCUGUCAGCAAGAAAUUAAUCCAAAACAAUCAAACGUAAGCUUCUUGAUAAACCUGAAACUUGUACAUAAGUUUAAAAAAACAACAAAAAAAAAACUGCCAAUCCUAUAUAUUCGAGAAACUCUGAGAGAUAUUUUAAUGGAGAAUCGACGCCCGUAUAAACUGCACAUAGAUUUGUUUCCGUCGUUAUUUUUAACCGACUGAAGCGACGUUGGCCUUGUGAGGAUUUCGAUGUGAACGCUGAACAUCGGAAGACGUCAUCCAGUGAAUCACUCAAAUGAACAAUGAGAAACAUACAUUUUGUUUUUCUUCCGUUGAUUGAAUUUGACAGUAUCGGUGGGUGUGUUUUAUUGUUAUUGAUGGAACGUUUUGAGAUCUGUCUUAGCGGUCAGUAUUAUUUUAUUAUUUGCUCUUCUAUAUCCCACAGAGAGGUUUUUUUUUUCUUUCCUGCCCCCAUUCUACCUCAGAUUUGGAUGCCCACACCCCAUCAAGCCACUGUAACCCUGUUUCUUUAACAACGAUGCAUGUUUAUAUAUUUUGGUUGUUUUGUUCGCCUAAUAAAGCACAAAUUAUACAUA